CGCGAUUUAUAAAGGAAAACAUCGUCAUGAUCAUCAAGAAUUAGAACAACGAUAUGGCUCUCUUCAGUGAGAUCUACCAGGCUUCUCUGCGUCCGUUAGACCCAAACAAGCCAUUGCCAGACGAGACGGGCUACUUGUACCAGCCCGCGUCGCCACGCACGUGGCUGUUGUACUACCACUACCCUCCCUACCACCCCGACUACUGCCAGCCGCCACCUCCUCCACCACCUCCUCCGGCCGGGGUUGUAUUUGUUCCGUUUGACAACCCUCCUGAACUAGAUCGACCGGCCAAGAAUGAAGUGGCGGACGGAGGCAACACAGAAUCGCUGCUGAGCAGAGCGCUGAUCUUGGGAGUGGCCUUUGUGAUGUUUGCACUCCUUAUGGCCUUGGCAGUACUCGUCGUUUGGACGACGGCAGAGAGCGCUGAUGUGCUGGCGGAAUGGUCGACUGAACCUGAGCUGCCGCUGAAGGUUCCGACCAGCCCGUUGGUCAGGGAGCUCAAGCUUUCCCCGCUACAGGAGAAACGAUCGUUCCCGAUGGCGGUGCUCGCUUUUGAGCGCCGCGGAGAUGUACCUGUGCGGCCGCGGCCUCCAAGAUCCCACCCUCUUCAGCACCGCUCAGUCUCGGAGGCCUUACCUAAACAGCCGGCAACACGCCCCGACGAGGCGAAACGAGCAGGAACGACAAUAUGACGACUGCCGAAGGAUGACGCAGGCGUGCUCGUCUCAGCGUUUGUGUGACACUAUAAUUACAAGCUUGGUUUAUUGCGGAGGAAGCCUUCGUAAAAAUGCGAAUAAAUUUGGAAACUAUAACU